CGCUGGCUUCUAUCCCUGGGUUCGUGUGGCACAUAUCCUUGGGACAUGUUUACACAGCCCCCUCUAAGAAGCUUGGUGAUGUGUGGAUUGUGACUUUGCUCAAGGAGUCAGACUCUUCAUAAGGCACAGCUAGACAUCAGGACUGGGAUGGAAGAGCCAGCACUAGUGGAAGGCCAAGGCCAGCUCCCAAGCCCCCACCAGGGCUCUCUGAGGAGGGCUGUGGCUGCUGCAUUGGCCUUGGAUGGGGAAUCCACGAUAGGUCGCAGGAAAAAGAAAAAGAAAGAGUCUCGACCAGAAUCUAUCAUCAUCUACCGAUCAGAUAAUGAGAAAACGGAUGAGGAACCUGAGGAAUCAGAAUGUGGAGAUCGGCCUAAAGAGGAGGAGGGAGAUGAUUUCCUAGACUAUCCUGUGGAUGAUGGUAUGUGGAACAUGCCUUUGGACAGCCGCUAUGUCACAUUAACUGGGACCAUCACUCGAGGGAAGAAAAAGGGCCAGAUGGUGGACAUCCAUGUCACAUUGACAGAGAAGGAGCUGCAGGAAUUGACCAAGCCCAAGGAGUUGUCAAGGGACACAACUCCUGAAGGAAGAAAGGGCUGCCAGGUAGGAGCAGACCGGGGACCCCAUGUGGUCCUCUGGACAUUGAUCUGCCUACCUGUGGUUUUCAUGCUCUCUUUUGUUGUCUCUUUCUACUAUGGCACUAUCACCUGGUACAACAUCUUCCUUGUAUACAACGAGGAGAGGACCUUCUGGCACAAGAUCUCCUACUGUCCCUGCCUCAUUCUCUUCUACCCUGUGCUCAUCAUGGCCAUGGCCUCUUCCCUAGGCCUCUAUGCUGCUGUGGUCCAACUCUCAUGGUCCUGGGGAGCAUGGUGGCAAGCUGCCCAGGACAUGGAGAAAGGCUUCUGUGGUUGGCUCUGCAGCAAGCUAGGUUUGGAGGAUUGUUCUCCUUACAGCAUUGUGGAGCUGCUUGAAUCUGACAAUAUCUCAGGCAAUCUCUCCAACAAGGACCCGACCCAAGAAGUAGAAACCUCCACAGUCUAAACAGCCAACAACUCACUUCCUUCUCUGGCCCUAGUAGCUGAUAUAUUAUACUACAGUUUCAUCAAUUUCUUUCUUUAAAUUAUCCCCUGCCCACAACAGUUCUGGAAAAUCCUGACUCAUACUGAUUUGUCCUGUCAUCUUGAUGGCUCCAGGAGGACAGGGAACAGAAAACCAAGUUGUGCCAAAUCAGUCCAUCCAAAGGACACUUGAUUCUCUGCCCUAAAAUAACCAUUUAUUUGGGUCAGAGAGAGUGCCACUGUAUUUC